GGAUUUAAUAGACUACUUAACUGACUUUUUCGGAGCAUUUUAUGUACCCUCUCUCCUUCAGUACUGUUCCAUUCAAGAACAAACAAAAUGAAUUCAACAGUUGAGCCUGAAUAUUGUCGAUCAACUGAAUUAAAAGCUUUUGAUGAUACCAAAUCUGGUGUUAAAGGACUCGUGGAUGCUGGAGUUACCAAGAUCCCUCGAAUUUUCCAUCAUCCUCCUCAUGCCCUGGACAAUAUUUCACAUGCUGAUACUGAUACUGGUACCAAGCUCAGCUUUCCAAUCAUAGAUCUUCAAGGUGUCGGAAACAGUUCAGUUUCGCGCAAGGAGAUUAUCGAAAAGGUACGAAAUGCGUCGGAGAGUUGGGGAUUUUUCCAAGUUGUUAAUCAUGGGAUUCCCAUCCAUGUUCUUGAGGAGAUGAAGGAUGGAGUUCGUCGAUUUCACGAGCAAGAUACGGAUCUGAAAAAGGGAUAUUAUACUCGCGAUCCAACAAAAAAGGUACGUUAUAACAGCAACUUUGAUUUGUAUAAAGCACCAGCAGCUAAUUGGAGAGAUACGUUGGGUUUUCAAAUGACUCCUCAUCCUCCAAAACCUGAAGAGAUUCCAGCAGCUUGCAGAGAUAUAUUGAUGGAGUACUCCAAGGAAAUAAUGAAAUUGGGAAACUUACUGUUUGAAUUAUUAUCAGAAGCUCUUGGUUUGAAACCUAACCACUUGAAAGAAAUGGAAUGUGAGAAAGGUUUCCUUGUUGGGUGCCAUUACUAUCCACCAUGUCCUGAGCCAGAAUUAACCUUAGGCACAAGCAAGCACGCAGACGGUGACUUCCUCACUCUGCUCCUCCAAGAUCAUAUCGGCGGCUUACAAGUGCUCCAUCAAAAUCACUGGAUCGAUGUUCCUCCCAUGCCUGGUGCCAUAGUGGUUAACAUUGGAGAUCUUCUGCAGCUCAUAUCAAAUGACAAGUUUAAAAGCAGUGAGCAUAGAGUGCUGGCGAACCGUAAAGAAGAAGCAAGAGUAUCGGUGGCAUGCUUCUUUACCACAUAUUUAUUGUCCGUAUCAAGAAUUUAUGGACCGAUUAAAGAGCUAUUAUCGGAACAUAAUCCUCCUAAAUACAGAGAAACUACAGUCAAAGAAUUUAUUGACCACUAUAAUUCUAAAGGCCUUGAUGGAACUUCUGCUUUGCUUCAUUUCAAGCUCUGAAAACUAGCAAUCAAUCAACUUGUACGAUAUAUAAAUAUUGUUUUAUGUACAAUAUAAAGUUUCUUGAACUGGUAUUUCACCUCAUGAAUUUGUAAUCAAGAAGAUAUAACUAAAAAUUAUGUUAAUUGAUGUAAAAAUAUUGUUUUGGGUUAAA